AUGGGAAAGAGAAGCCUUGCUGAGAAGAUAGCUGAGUUGAGUAAACCUUCAACUGAAUUCGAUAUUGAAGAUAAUGAUUUAAGAAACGAUGUUUUCGAUCAUAAUGACGAUGAUGACCAUCUGAACUCGGACCUGUCUGACGAUGAAACAUUAAAGAAACAACACUAUGUUAGCCUUGACAAGUCAAAACUUAGAAAGCAAAGUGACAACUUGAACUUGGGCAAGACAUACGGCGGUAAAGUGACUAACAGAGACGACUUAUACGAAUCUGAGGGAUCCAGAAGCUUCGAUGAGGAAGAGGAUUUAGAAGGUAGUGAGUCGGGUAUCUCCUUGAAAAGCAAUUCUGAAAGCGAGUCUGAAGAAGAUGAAGACGAUGAAGACGAUGAAGAUGAUGAAGCUGAUAGUGAGGAUGAAGAUGAAGCAAAGAGGGAAGAAGGUUCAAAUUUAACUCAUAAGAGGUCUAAGUUGAAAGAACUCAUGUCUAAUGAACGUAAACAUAUCGUUAACAGAUUGUCACAGUCGGCCUCUAAUGACGCCGUCAAGGGUUAUGCGAUCUUGCAGCAACAUAAGUUGUUUGAUUCUAUCAUUGAUAGUCGUAUGAAAGUGCAGAAAUCCCUCACAAAUUCGAAUGUAUUGCCUAUAGAAAAAGGAAUUUUGAAAGAACGCUUUGCUACUAAAAAGACAGAUAAAUAUUUGAAUCAAGCACAAGAAAAAUGUUUUGAUUUAUUGGAUAGUAUUAUAGCAAUUAGAUCGAAACUUUUAAAGAAAGAUUCUGUCAUAUCAUCAUCUGAAUUGACUAAAGCGUUUAAUCCUAAAAAAAGAACUUUAACUGACUAUUUAGAAGUUUCAGGGAAACAAGAUACUGCAUUGGAAAAAUAUAGAAGCUCUGUGUUAACUAAAUGGUCAUCUAAAAUUCACAACGCGGCAGGUUCCACAGCUAUAAGCUCUGGUAAAUUUAAGGCUAUAAAUCAAUCAGCCGAGCAACAGGUUAUCAACAAUUUGUCUGACAUGGAUAGACUUAUUAAAAGAACAAAACUUAACAGGCGUCAAGUCAAACCCUUGGGUUAUGAAUACUACACAAAUCAAAAUGAAGUAACUGAACAAGAAUCUAUAGAUGAUCAAGCAGAUAUUCCAAGGGAAAACAAACAAACAAACAAACUGGAUUUAUCUGAGCUUGCCAAUAUAUUUGAUGAUGAGGAUUUUUACCGUGUUUUGCUUAAUGACCUCGUGGACAAAAAAAUUCAAUCUAGCGAUCCAGCCUCUGGAUUAACUGUAUCUUUAAGAAGUGUCCAACAAGCACAAAAGUUUAAAAAGAACAUUGAUACCAAAGCUUCGAAGGGCCGUAAAUUAAGAUAUCAUGUGCAAGAACAGAUUGCUAAUUUUGAAGCUCCUAGAGGAGCUUGGAAAUGGGAUGAUACUCAAAUUGAUGAGUUUUUCGCAUCAUUAUUAGGCCAGAAAGUUAACAUGAAUGAAGUAGAUGAAGAAGAUGAAGAGCAUAAUAAUGAAAAAGAAGAAGAAAUUAUCAACACUAAUGAUUCUUUCAAAUUAUUUGGUUAA